GGGGGGGGGGGGCACGACUGUCUUCUCAGAACCCUAAAUCGAAGGGCUACGGCCUCCCAGACCACCCACGAACGGCUUUCUUCCGACGAGGGGGGACUCGCCAGCUGGGGUGGAGAAGCGAGAGGGAGAAGGAGCCGUGAGUGCUGGGCGCCAUUGCAGCCAGCAGCUCCUUCUCUCCACUGGAAUCUGGCAGGCAGGACGAAGAGAAAAAAGUUUCCAAGUCGUGCAGCGGAUCGGACCGAUAUCUGCGGCCAGCUCGCGCGGAUGGAAUGGAGAUAUGAGAGUUGGAAUUAGCGCGUACAAGGUCAGCACGCGGAGAGGGACGUGCUGGGUGGCUGUCGCGCGGACAAAGAAGUUUAUCCCAGCAUGCCUGUCUGGCUCCAGUGGCGCAGUCCCUCGGAAUGAACAGCAGUAGGAAUGGGUCUGAGGAGGAUCGGUGGCAGAGUGGGUCCAGCGGAGCGGUGGUGCUGGAGUCCGUCUCCAUGCUGGCGAUCACCCUGCUCGCCUGCCUGGGCAACCUGCUGGUGGUGAUCACCCUGUACCGGAAGCCCUAUCUGCUGACGCCCAGCAACAAAUUGGUGUUCAGCCUGACUCUGUCCAACCUGUUGCUGUCCAUCCUGGUACUGCCAUUCGUGGUGACCAGCUCGGUGCGGCGCGAGUGGCUCUUUGGCGUUGUCUGGUGCAACUUCACCGCCCUACUCUACCUGCUGAUCAGCUCUGCCAGUAUGCUGACCCUAGGAGCCAUCGCCGUUGACAGGUACUAUGCUGUGCUCUAUCCCAUGAUCUACCCCAUGAAGAUCACAGGCAACCGCGCAGCCGUGGUCAUCGUCUACGUGUGGCUCCACUCAUUGGUAGGCUGCCUUCCGCCGCUCUUCGGCUGGUCCUCCUUCGAGUUCGACCGCUUCAAGUGGACGUGCACGGCGGCGUGGCACCACGUGGCCUCCUACACGGCCUUCUGGGCCGCCUGGUGCUGCCUGCUGCCCUUCCUGGCCAUGUUGGCCUGCUAUGGUGUCAUCUUCCGGGUGGCCCGCAUCAAGGCGCGCAAAGUCCACUGUGGCACAGUGGUGGUGGCCCAGGAGGAGUCGGCAUCCAGGAACGGCCGCAAGAACUCUAACGCGUCAACCUCCUCCAGUGGCAGCCGUCGCAGCCUGAUAUAUGCUGGCAACCAGUGCAAGGCCUUCGUAACUAUCUUGGUCGUGCUCGGAACUUUUUUAGUGACUUGGGGGCCCUAUGUGGUGGCCAUCUGCACAGAGGCCCUCUGGGGUGAGGGAAGUGUCUCCCCAAGCCUGGAGACUCUGGUCACAUGGCUGUCGUUCGCUAGUGUGGCCUGCCACCCACUCAUAUAUGGCCUGUGGAACAAGACUGUGCGUAAGGAGCUUCUGGGAAUGUGCUUCGGCGAUCGCUACUACAGGGAGUCGUUCGUCACCCGCCACAGGACAGCACGUCUCUUCAGCAUCUCCAACCGCAUCACCGAUUUGGGGAUGUCUCCACACCUAACGGCUAUACUUGCGGGAGGGGGUCAGCUCCUGGGACACGGCAGCAGUACGGGGGACACGGGCUUCAGCUUCUCCCAAGACUCAGGUACAGAUGUCCUGCUUCUGGAUAACUUCUCCUCGGAUUCCCACCCUCCCCACCACACUGGCAGCUCGUCAGCGAAGAGGAGGAGCUCUGUGACGUUUGAGGACCAGCAAUCCCGAGCAAAUGUUGGUUCCCCUCCAGUCCAAGUCAAGGCUGAGAUCCACAAAUCUCUGGACAGCUACGCCUCCAGCCUGGCAAAGGUGAUUGAGAGCGAUGCCAAGCUGCAGCUCUUUGGGGAGGAAGGCACGCUGCCCGGCCGGGCACCAACUCGGGCACCGCGCUACCUGGACGGCCAGAGGCUGAGGCUGGAGAGCAUUGAUGAAGGCAUAGUCAACGACGAGCUUGAAGAGAUUCGCGUGUAGUCAUGUUUUUUAUUGUGUGGUUAAUUCCUGUUAUAUAUAUAUAUAUAUAUACUGUAGUGUGGUAUUGUGUGUUUUUUGGAAACUUUUAUAUGUUCAUUGGAAAACUGUACGCAUUUAAUUUGUGCAACUAAACCUUUUCCAUCAUG